CCACGUCCGUGCGUCAUGACGCAAACACCGUGAGAGCGCUGUACCGCUUCAAAAUGUAAACACGCUAUUACACGGUUCAAUAUCACAGAACGCGGUGAUGGAUUCAAUUAUUAAUUGGGAACAAUGGAAAAUAAUGAACGAGACGAUGUGGAAAAACUGAAAUCGAUGUUUCUGUCGGCAUGGCACAAUGUACAAUACAGUUGGAUUCUGAAAACAAAGACAUAUUUUAGCAGGAAUUCGCCUGUUUUUCUGUUGGGAAAAUGUUAUCAUUUUAAGGCAGAAGAAGCCUCUGUGGAGAGUGUCGCGGGGAGCUGCAGUGACGAGGCCUCGGAAAGGGAGCUUGUUAUCGGCAGCGUAGUGGAGUUUCGUCGGGACUUUGCCUCUCGAAUCUGGCUGACGUACCGAGAGCAGUUCCCUCAGAUCCAGGGCUCCAGCUUCACCUCAGACUGCGGCUGGGGCUGCACGCUCAGGACUGGGCAGAUGCUGCUGGCUCAGGGCCUGGUGCUUCAUCUCCUAGGCAGAGGUAGACUUCUGUACUGGACCUGGUCUGAUGCCUUAAAGAUGGACGGACUGGACACCGAGUCGUGGACCGCCAGUGCAGCCAGGAAGCUUGUUUCCUCUUUAGAGUCAUCGUUUCAGGGACUGAAACCUCCAGAAAGCCACGCUCCAGCUCCUGGGAGAGCGGAGGAAGCAAGCACCGACCUGAACUGUGUUCAUCACCGCAAAAUAGUGUCCUGGUUUGCGGACUGUCCUGCGGCGCAGAUUGGUGUGCACAGGCUCAUUGAGCUCGGGCACGCAUCUGGAAAGUCAGCUGGGGACUGGUAUGGGCCAGCCGUGGUCGCCCACAUACUGAGAAAAGCUGUUAAGGAAGCAACAGACCCUGCAUUACAAGGCAUAACAGUAUACGUUGCUCAGGAUUGCACAGUUUACAGUGCUGAUGUUAUUGAUAGCCUCCAGAAACCUGCUCAGGGCCCAGAAACUGAAACCAGAGUCGACAGAAAAGCUGUAAUUAUCCUUAUACCCGUGAGGCUCGGUGGAGAAAAAACCAACCCGGAGUACUUUGACUUUGUAAAGGGCAUUUUAAGUCUCGAAUAUUGCAUUGGGAUCAUUGGUGGAAAGCCUAAACAGGCGUAUUACUUUGUUGGAUUUCAAGAUGACAGUUUGAUUUACAUGGAUCCUCAUUACUGCCAGUCUUUUGUAGAUGUCAGCAUGAACGGUUUCCCACUCGAGUCAUUCCACUGUCCCUCGCCUAAAAAAAUGUCAUUUACUAAAUUGGACCCAAGCUGCACCAUCGGGUUUUACUCAAGAAGUGUACAAGACUUUGAAAAGAUCAGUGAAGAAAUAUCAAAGGUGCUCAAACCCUCAUCUAAAGAGAAGUAUCCAGCGUUUACCUUCGUAAAAGGCCAUGGGCGUGAUUAUGAACAAAGUGAAUCGACUUCAGAAGGGGAACCCAGGCAUCCACAGUACAGCUCAGGAGAUUUUGUCUUGCUGUGAGGAUACAACCAGCACACGACUGUGGAGUUCUUCAGUGCAGAGGAACGAGGAGGAAGCUCUUUGGGCCACCUUUUCAAAGCGUUCACUCAGGUCUUUAAUUCACUCUUGAAUUCUUUUUUUAAAGAGGUAAAACGUGUUUUACAAAACCAAGUAAUAAAAUCCAAGCUGCGUUCUGCACUCUCAAGGUGUUGGAUUCUCGUUUUGUAACAUUUACAUGAUUUAAAAAAAAUUAAAUAAUCUCCUUUAAAAAAACAAAAAAAAACCAAACAAAUAGGAGGUAACAUUUAUUUUGGAAGCUGAUGAUUUAAAUACUUAACUUUUUUUUACUAACGGUUUGCUGUGCUCAAAAUAAACAGUUUAACAUGUUUAACAUGACAUUGUGUAUAACUGAAAGAAGUGUACCCUGUCAUGAGCCAUGUCUGCCUCUUUGAAAAUGGGGGUAAUUCUGAUGGAUUGUGUGUGUCUGUUUAUUUGUGUGUUUGUGUCUGUGUGUAUCUGUGUCUGUGUGUAUUUGUGUGUGUCUGUGUGUGUCUGUGUCUGUGUGUAUUUGUAUUUGUGUGUGUCUGAACUCGGCAACCCAUUCUGCAUGGAAGGUGCAAGCUACUCUGGCAAGCUGAAUUAUAAUACAAGGGAACAAAGUGAACUGUGUAAUUGUUUGUAUAAAUAAACAGUGGUCUGAUCUCAUCGCAGCAUGAAAUGUGAGAUAAAGAACCGCAUGAAGCUGCACUGUAUGCGUUAGUAAGGAAGCCGGUGCUGCUCGAGCUUCUUAAUGGCAAACGCGAUAAAGGAAUUCUCUGUAGAAUGUUUAUCGUCCAACAGGGCAUUUUAAAGCACAUUGUCAAAACGUCUUCUGUGAGCACCUGCUAUUAGAAGUGCAGGGAAAUGUACGCCCUCUGUGUCCAUCACUGAUAGCUGUAGUGCCGUGUCCUGUAAUGCAAAGUUCACACACUCAAUUAUUGUGCACAUUCAUUCAUUGUAGCAGUAUAUAUUGGCACCUCAUGUAUUGUAUCUACACUACCUUGUUUGCCUAUGCUUGUUAAAUGAACCCUAGGAUGUGCAGGCAUUGUGUUCUGUGUGAUCUCUUACUAGAAUGGGAUAGAAGGCAUAUUUGAAAAAAAACAAAAAAACACACACAUGCUUUUUCAGAACUGCAGCAAAAUCAAGCACAGAAUCGGCAUUAGUGCUAAAUAUUCACUACAGCUGCAAUAAAGACUGUGGUAAAUGUUGUUUUUCCUGCUUAUUAAAUUAAUAAAACUGCUAGAAUUUGCAUUUC